CCUCUGUGUGUUUGGUAUGGCAGCGCGAGACAGAGAGGGAGAGGGUGUUUGUUUGUGUGUUUAGGCGCGUUUGCGCGUGUUUACACGGUAAAUAUGGUUCAGUUUAAUUCGGAUUUAAGGAGGUCUCGGGAUUCGGCGCGUUCCCGUUAGUAGCGCUGGAGGCGGAUUGCGGUAUGACUGCCCUGCCAUCGCUCUUCUGACCCCAGUUCCCUGACUCCUCCUCUGUCCUUUACCCGACGAUGAGCAUUCGUGUGCGCGGUGGCCAUGGAGACAUGCCCGGCCGCUUUAACGAGGAUGCCCCCCGCCCCCCCGUCCCAGGAGAGGAAGACAGCUACAUUUCCUCCGUCCACCCUCCGUACCUCCCCCGACCGGGCGGUCCGUCAGCCACCCCGCGACGUUCUGACCUGGACUUGGGCUUUGAGCCUGAGGGCUGCGCCUCACCUGCGCCGCCUCACCUGCGCUGGGCAGAGUCCCUGCACUUCCUGCUGGAUGACCGGGAUGGCACAGCGCUGUUCCGGGCCUUCCUGUUGCAGGAGGGAUGCUCCGACCUGCUGGACUUCUGGUUCGCCUGCAGUGGCUUCCGCAAACUCCCACCGACUGGCGGGCAGGACGGGCGAAGGCUGAGGCUCGCCAAAGCCAUCUACAGGAAGUACAUAGCUGAUAGCGGUGGCGGUGUCGUUGCGAGAAAGAUCAAGCCAGCGACGAAGAGCUUCAUCCGGGAGUGCGUGUGUCGGGCCCAGCUGGACUCGGCACUGUUUGAGCAGGCUCAAGUGGAUGUUCAGACACUGAUGGAGGAGCACACCUACCCACUCUUCCUCAAGUCAGACGUUUACCUGGCCUUCGCCCAGCGCUCUGGUGCCGAUGACAAUAGCCCCAGGCUCUCCACUUCGCCUGGCAACCAGGAAACCUCAUUACCAGGAUACCUGCCCACGCUGAUGGAGGAUAAGGAGUGGACGGAAAGAACUGAGCCAGGCCACGCCCACUCUGGCAGGCUCACUCAGAAGCUGCUGAUUGAGACUGCCGCCCAACGCAACACAGCCAAUCAGAAGAGGCCUGACCACUGGGAGGCCAAGUUUGGAGUGAGGGAGUUAGUAAACCCGUACUACAUAAACAGCGGUUUCGCUCGUGCUCCAGUAGCCAGCGCCAAUGACUCUGAGCUUCAGAGUCUGUCUAGUGAUGCAGAUACCAUCUCACUGACUGACAGCAGCGUUGAUGGUAUUCCUCCGUAUCGUUUUCGUAAACAGCAACGCAGAAACAUGCAGGAAAAUGUUAAAGCCAACGGACAUGUACCCCUACCUCACAUACCGCGGACACACCGUUUGCCAAAGGAUGUCCAUGUAGAGCCUCAGAAGUUUGCAGCAGAGCUGAUCAGCCGGCUGGAGCUGAUCCAAAGAGAGAGAGAGAACCAGAGAAAACUUGAGGAGAAACUACAAAGAGUCCGCAUGGAAGAAGAGUGUGAAGAUGCUGAUGUUUCCACAGUGACCUCAUUGCCAGGUCCCUGUCUCCGUUUCCAUGGCAGUGGCGUGGGUCAGUGGAAUGACGACGCUCAGGCCAUUCUGGAUGAGCACCUGCAGAGGGUCAUGAAGAGUCCUGGCUGUCAGUCACCCAAAACACCCUCUCACGCACAUGCAGACUCUCAUCGGUACGGAAACGGGGGGCGUUGCUAUAGCGACGGCAUGAACCUCACAGCGGGGACUAGUCAGAGCGAUGCGUUGGGUUAUAGCAGUAGGGUUAACUCCUUAUCUCGGCGCAGUCUGAGAGGGAAUAGUGAUGGUGGGCGUGGCAUGGAUGGGCGUGGCCUGGAGGUACCAGAGGAGGCAGAACAGAAACAGAAACAGAUUCUACAGUGGAUGAUGGAGGGAGAGAGAGAUAGUGGGCGCUACAGGAAGAGCUCGUCCUCUGUUCGUCCAGGCUGGGUCAGUGGAAGUGACCGUUAUGAUGCGGUCCCCAGCACCAGCCAAUCAGAAGAGGGGAGGCGGAGAUCUGCACCACAACACAGCAAACAGAGGUUAAAGUCCAGCUGCAGUAGGAAGCCAGUUUGUGAGAACAUCACUGUGGCGUACUAUUUCUGUGGAGAGCCGAUACCGUACAGGACGUCCAUUAAAGGCAGGGUCGUCACCCUCGGACAGUUCAAGGAGCUUCUGACCAAGAAGGGGUCUUACAGAUUUUACUUUAAGAAGGUCAGUGACGAGUUCGACUGUGGCGUGGUGUACGAGGAGGUUCACGAGGACGACGCCGUGUUGCCCAUAUUUGAGGAUCGGAUCAUCGGGAAAGUGGAGAAAAUCGACUGAAUGGAGACGGACCGCCUUAACGGACUGAAAAACUACAUCCCGUAUACCACAAACAUGAAUGUGACCCAGUGUCCACUACAGAAACUGACCAAAUGCGUGUACACUCUCAAAAACAAUGUGUUAAUUAACAACACUCAUUUAACACAUUUUACAUCAGGCUAAAAAAACACUAUAAAUUCCACACACAGUGUGACACAGUGUGUUAAAUACAGCAGUACACACUGGUUGGAUUAAAAGUAACACACUGUGUAAAUACAAUAAUACAUACUGGUCUUGCUAAAUACAGUUAUACACACCAGUUGUGUUAAAAGAAGCACGGUGUUAAGAAUGAUAGUACAUGCCGGUUGUGUUAAAAGUAACACACUGCGUUAAGCACAUUAAUACAUAGUGGUUGUAUUAAGGGCAACACACUGUGUCAAGUUUGUUAAUACAUUGCAGUUGUGUUAAAAGUAACUCACUGUGUCGAUAAAAUAAUACAUACUGGUAGUGCUAAAUACGAUUAUACACACUGGUGGUGUCAAAGUAGGACAGCGUUAAGUAUGAUAAAACAUAACGCAGUGUGUCGCUUUUAACCCAACUGUUAUGUACAAUAAUACAUACCGGUAGUGUUAAAAGUAACACACUGCAUUAAAUACGCUAAACCAUGAUGAUUGUAUUAAAAGUAACACACUGUGUUGAGUAUGCUAAUACAUAAUGGAUGUGUUAAAGGAAACACUGCGUUAAAUAUGCUAAUACGUACCAGUUGUCUUAAUGUAAUGCACUGUGUUGCAUCUGAUAAUACAUACUGGUUGUGUUAAAAGGAAGCACUGCAUUAAAUAUGCUAAUACGUACAAGUCACGGUAAAGUAACACACAGUGUUGAAUCUGAUAAUACAUACCGGUCGUGUUAAAGUAACACAUUGUGUUGCAUCUAAUAAUACAUACUGGUUGUGUUAAAAGCAACUCACUGCAUUAUGUACAAUAAUACAUACCGGUUGUGUUAAAGGAAGCACUGCGUUAAAUGUGCUAAUACAUACCGGUUGUGUUAAAGUAACAGAGUGUUGAAUGGGUUGUGUUAAAAUUUGUGUUGUUUUUAAGCCAUUUGUUUUGAGAGUGUGUAUGUGUGCUUUUCGGAGAUCUCGGCUCAUUUAAAAAGGUCUUUGAUUUUAAAGGGUCUAAUUCACACUUUUUGAAGUUUUAAGAGAUUAUUUUCCCCUCAUGUUUUUGUCUCUCAGCAUCUAGUAGCAUUCAUCAACACUCGAAGCGUUUGUUUACUAAAUCUCCAUAUUUUUGAUACUGCACUGCUGCAAAGCCAGUGCAUUUUUUACAGUGUGUAAAGGUGCUGCUAUGUACAGGCUGUUUCAGUGUGAUAACUCUUUUUAGGUAAUAUAACGCUAAGACUUUUAUUUUGAAACUGAAAUGACAAGGUG